AUGGAAAUCGACAACGCUGGUGAGACUUAUCACUAUCUUUGCAAAUUCCAGUCCGUUUGUCAACAGACACUACUCAUCCCAACAUCAGUAACACAAUGCGACCAUUCCAAAUCAAACUGCUCUAACCAUACCACAUUAAUCGCUCAGCUUAACCCUAUGCAACCUGAACUAUGCAUUCAACUCCAGCAAGGAGGCCACCAAUUGCUCUUCAUGCGCAUCUCCUUAGAUGUUGCAAGGAAACACUAUACUUCACAAGAGAACACCAUUAUAAAAGUUCAAUAUCAAAACACGCAUGUUCCUCACAUGCGGCCCUCGCACGGCGCUGCUCUUGCGGCUAUCCACCAUCAGGAUGUCUCUUUUAUAUAUAGAAUCUACCAUGUUCCCGUAGACGACAACAUUUACGAAGUCUUCCAAUGCCCAUCAUGGUUCGAAACAAUAUCGUUUCAUAACAAAUCGCUAACGUCUCAUUUGAAAUUACUUCGUUCACAUUUACACCAAUCUCACUACUCAACCAACGAUUCUUCACAAACAAUAACUCAACAGCCUCAAAUCCCACAAGAUACGGAAUUCAGUUACGCAUGCAGUUCAGAUCCGCGUCAUAACCAGAGUCCAUGUUCACCCAACCGUUAUAAUUUCAAACGACACAUGCAACUGCAUCCAGCGGAAUAUUCCGUUAAUUGCUAUUGUACCAACAAUAAUGUCUCACGAAUAACACAAUUGCAGAAUACGUUUCCCUUGCCAAUACCAGAAGGACUAGUAUCCACACAAGGCCGCAACAACAUACCUACCAUUACUACACGAGCAGUAUCCGUACAAGCAAUGAUUACAUUCGAUCACACCAUAAGAGAAACACGCAAGAAAUCCAAAAUUUCCAUUGUCGCAUACUGCCCCAUCGACUACUUCGCGAUGUUGUAUGAUGAUGUAAAGGUUCGAUAG